UGCGUCGGCGGAUGUGCGGGUCUGCGGAAGGCUUCUAUUAGAGUGCUGCUCGGCGGAGUGAUGUGGUAGCCGCUGCUGUAGGAGGAAGGACCCCGCUUCUACUCCACUUGUCUUUCAAUUUCGCCUUAAAAAUUAUCUCGCUUGGCCCUUCUCCUCUGGUGGCUAGCGGUGACUUUAGCGAAGGAGAGACUUGCUUGUAUCCAGAGGACAGCCAUAAGCCGGUGGUGAGGGAAAGUAACCGCCAUUUUAAUCGAAUAAAACACACGUUUCUAGUGACAGCGGCACAAGCACAACAAUGGCUCUGAAAAGAAUUCACAAGGAGUUGAAUGACUUGGCACGUGACCCUCCAGCUCAGUGCUCAGCCGGACCGGUUGGUGAUGACAUGUUUCAUUGGCAAGCUACAAUAAUGGGACCCAACGACAGUCCUUACCAAGGUGGCGUGUUCUUCUUGACUAUUCACUUCCCCACAGAUUACCCCUUCAAACCGCCAAAGGUUGCAUUCACCACAAGAAUCUACCACCCAAACAUCAACAGUAAUGGCAGCAUCUGCCUUGACAUUCUGAGAUCACAGUGGUCCCCAGCACUUACCAUUUCUAAAGUUCUCUUGUCCAUCUGCUCGCUGCUAUGUGACCCAAAUCCAGAUGACCCGUUAGUGCCUGAGAUCGCCCGCAUCUACAAGACAGAUAGGGAAAAGUACAACAGAAUAGCUCGGGAAUGGACGCAAAAGUAUGCGAUGUAGUUUCGGCGCAAGAUCAUGGCGAAACACCUCUGCGUCUACAGCUAGGGGGAGCUCUGAGCGAAAAUGAAAAAUAGAAAAAAUCUCGUUGGUUUCCAUUGGAGUGCUUUCUUUGAGCCACAUCUUCCUUAACCUGCACCUCUUUCCCCAACCCUACCCAGCUGCCAUGUUGUAUAUAUUUCAAACUGCAAUCCACAGUCCACCUAUUUUCCUUGUCCUGCUACUGUCUUUGUCACUGGAUCAGUCCACUUUUGGAGCUGUCCGAUGUUUAUGAUCCUAAAAGCAUUCCUUGCCAUUUUAAGAACUGGGAUAUCCAAGAUUGAGGGUUUUUACUUUUUUCCCCCUUUGUGCUUCCAACAGUAAUGAGUUGGGCGCUUUUUUUUUUUUUGGUAUAAAUCUCUAAGGAAUUCUUUUAAAUUCAAAUGAAGCUAAAAUGGAAAUGUAAAGCCUUUUGGUUCUUGUAUGUUCAGCUGGAAAAUUCUAAAGGAUUCCCCCCCCCCCACCCCCAACAAUUAUCACCAAGACCUUCAUCAUUCCAUAUUCAUUUCUGUUUGGAGGUUUUGGACUGGUUGGUUAAAACCCAUAACCAAUCUAGGUUGCAUUCGGAAUUUUUAUUUUUAUUUUUUUUGGAUCUAGAAGCUAAUAGCUCCUGUCAGACUCGUGCUUUCUUGGGUUGUAGUGCGAGGAAAUAAAAUCCUGACAGAUGACUUCUGUAUAUUUAAAUACCUGGAAGCUCAUUGAGCUCGUGUGUUGAUUAAACUGUGUAAUAAAAUAAUUACUAAAGUCUGAACUUUGAAUUUAAGCAUGACUGAAGUAAUUGAACAUGUGGGCUUCUGUCGACAAAAUCAGUUUUUUUUUGUAAUAAAUGAAACCAUGUUUAGCAUUUUUCCACAUUCUGUGCAGAAUUAAGUAUUUUAAGGUGAUUGUCAUAGUUGAAUUCACAGUAAAUAUGUCAAUGAUUUGUGGAACUGUUGCAAAGUAAAUUCCUAUAAAAAUGUUGCAAAGCAUGUGGAAACAGUAUGUUAUGAGCAAUGUAGAGAAUGUUGAUGGGGGGGGGGAGUGGCCCUCUGUGUUCUAAGUGAAGGUAGUACCACAUAAUCAAUUGUAUACAAUAUAAAUAAUUGAUAACAUGGCAAAUGUUAAGCGACAUGCCUCAUAACUGGAAAUUAUUACUGUUUCAGUUGCAGUUAUAAUGUAUGAACACAGCCCUGUAAACUGAAUAAAAAUAGGAUGUAUAAA